UGUGGACAGGUCCCAACUAGCUGAUUGCUGUAAAUGCUUGAGUUGAUUGGUUAUGCGAAAUGCUGUGCCUUCUGCACCUUUUGGAGUUAAUUACAACAUCUUGUGAGUGAUUGCAUUUUACCCUACUACGAUCCAUCUGGUUGAUCCUUAAGUGUGAGGUGAUGAAGUUAAAUGAUCCUACAGAAUUCCAUCAGUUGGUGCUACAUGCAGGCUUUUCAGGACUGAUGGUUUCAGCUGGAAAAAACAGCAAGGAAGGGUUUUGCACACCAUCACUGAUUGUGGAAUAUGAAACGAAAUGCAGAACAAUCUGGUUGUGGAUCUCUAAGACUGCAGCACCUGCAAGUAAACAUGACUGCACUACUGGGAACACGUUUUUUCGUGACUCAUCAUUAUCCUUAAGGAAACAAACAAGGGAAAUGAAUUUUAUUCAAUCAUGGUUGCUGUCACCACUUGAUAUAUUGUGGCGUAUAUUUGAGAUUCGAUACUGAAAACAAGAAAAAUAGUCUGAAAUUUGGUAUUUCAAUGUUUCCUGGGCACCCAUCUUUGCCAAUAAAAUAAGAAUCAAAUACAUUCUUCCAAUGAUGAUGAGGCAUGCGGCCUCCACCUUCUUCCCACCUACCCAACCAACAAUUUGAUGAAGAAGGUUCAUUUUUUUCGCGUUAGAUAGAAAAGCAUCAAAUUAUUGGUUCAUCCAUAUCCUAAAUUAUCAUUGAACAAUAAAUAAAUAAAAGCAAAAACAAAAGCAAAUAUGAUAAUUGGGACAAAGGCAGUACCGAAUUAGUUCAGUAAAAAGGUAUCCCAAACCAUAUACCUUCCUACAUCUAAUGUUAAACAAAGUGACAGGUAUCAGUGGUUUUACAAGUCCUUAUAUCCUCACACCUAAAGUCUUAGUUUGUUCAAGUAUCGUAGUCUCAAUGAAUCCAGAUAGCAAGAAAAUAAAUGAUAGGCAUAUCUGCAGAGAAAUGAACAGACCCCAAAAAACCUCAAUCCGAAUCAAAUUAACCACAUUACAGCUAUAUAUUGAGCACAUCAUGAUAAUUAUAUGGAUGUUAAGAAUCAUAGAGAUAUUUCAUGAGUAAAUGAAUAGCAAAGACUAUAUAUAUCAACUUUGAAAAGGAUGAACCAACUCUCGAAUACAACUCACAUAUUGGAACGUGCAUGAUCACAAUGAGCCAAGGGGUCUUCUCCCUGUUAACCCUGUUAGAUUCUUCUUCGAGCCACAUCCAUUGUCGUGUGUACUUAAAUGCAAUAAAAUAAUAAUA